AGAGCAAAAGAGGUUGAAGCACUUUCUGCAGGCUCGGUUUCGGACAUGUUUUUCGGAGGCCGAUCGCCCUGAACUCGCUCCGCUUCGUCACACACCGACUCUCCGGCUUCGGAUCCGCCCGGACAGCGGUGCCUCGGAGCACGAGAACCGCGGUCGGCUGGGGAACCCGAAGCCCAGAACCACCACACUAUUAGCUUUACAUAUUUACGCCAGACGCCAUGAAGUGGCACCGUGCUUUGCUGUUUCUGCGCCUUUUGGCGACAUUUGCUGCAAACAGGCUUUAUGCACACGAAACGGCACCGGAUAAUGCACCAGUGACGAACAUGCCCAUCAGCGGCAGCUCGAUCGUCACCUUGAAUGCGACUACGGUCCGGCUGCGCUGGAGAGCCGCCGAUCCCCUGCUCGCCGGCCUGCUGGUGCAGCUCCACACCCUGGCCGAGACCGUCACCGUCUCCACCUCCCCGACGUUCCCACCGGACUCGUCCUACAGCGGGACCAGCGCCGGCCUCUGGGUGGCGCUGUCGCCUUUUGACAUUCACGUCAACGUGUACGCGCGCGCCAGCGGCGUGACUAACGCCAGCGUCUCGGCCACGGGAUACACUGGGGAAGAUCCGGUCCCAGGAGCAUGCAAUUUGGAAUUCCGGAUGGAGAACGAUCCCAAUGUGCACCUGAGGUUCUCCGAGUUCGAGACGGUGAUGGAAUUCGCGCCGGCCAACGUCGGCGUGGCCAGGGGUGAGGACCCUUUGUCCUGUGAUGCUGGGCAGGGUUCCCGUUCCAGGUGGCAGCUAACCUAUGAGGUCUACCAGUACUUCUUGCCUGAAGGUGACCUCAGCGAAGGGGCCCUGUUUGACGGGCUGAAGGUGGUGGAUUCUGUGGAAGCGGUCAGACGGCACGGGAGUAAGAUGUCUUCACUGAGCUCAUCCUCGAAGACGAAGCUGUUUGGGCAUGCUUUCCCCGGCCUUGGCGUCAUCCAUGUGGUGGUGGUCUCAGAUCCCAGCUUUAACACCUCUUCCCUCUAUGUCCCAGCUGUUACUUACAGCUGCAAUUUCAGCUCUGUGGUGCCACCUACCUGUCACACUCAAGGAGAGAUCUUCUCGCUGGUGUUCCUCACCCUUCUGGGGACCUAUGGCCUGUUUGUCUGCUUCACUGGGCACCGCUUCCUGGAGGCAGAGUACUUCUUCUUCGGGUUCCUGAUUUCCAGUUUCCUGUGUAUCCUGCUGAUGGGCCGGUAUUCUGCACAAAGCAUUCAGUUGUGCGUGCUGUACAGCGCUGUCGCCGGCUGGUGGGGGGGCUUUCUUUGUGCCCUGUGCAGGUGGCGCUUCGGCAUACCCCUGCUCCUCACCUCCCUAGCAGGCCUGGUCUUGGGGACCCUGCUGGCGGCGGUCGUCAUGGUUACCCCCGUCGUGAACACGGAGCCCCUGCGGAAUGACCUGCUGUACUGGGUGUGUGUGGCUACUGGGGCACUGGUACUGCCUGUGCUCAUGCUGUCCUGCACCAGAGCCCUCAACAUGGCUGCCAGUGCCAUAGUUGGGUCCUACGUGGCAGUUGUGGCCCUCGGGCUCUACCUGCAUGCAGCGCUGCCCCAUGUCAUCUCCAGCGCGCUCCUGAGGCGGGCUGUCAGCCCCUCCUACCGCCAGGCCCUCCUCGUGCUGCCCUUCCAGAUCCUCGAUGGCCUGCUGAUUGUCCUCUGGGGGGCGCUAAUGGUAUGCGGGUUGCUUUCCCAAUGGCGGCUCACUAGAGACAGACCGCACUUCCCUCAGUGUCCCUACCAGGAAAGAAGGCAGCACUGCGGCCAGCCCCGGCCCGUGGAUGAGAGGAGCCCACUCUUGUUUGAUGGGCAGGACUUUGGGUCUCAGUGAGGCUGCGCUGUCGUGAAUCCGUCCCCAUCUGGCCGAGAGAGCAGCUGAAAGUGUCACAUCCGCAAAGCGCCCCAACAAGUGCCUUCGUCUCGUCACGCCUUUUAGGGACGAGCUUGUCUCAUUUGGAUAUAGGCUUUUCAGACGAUCCUGUGAUUUCUGUGACCUUUCGGCAAACCACGGAAGCACGGGUCGUAAAGUCCGCUUGUUAUGGUGAAAAGGGAAAAGCCCGUUUCACAGAUUCGUGCCACGAUUGUAAAUCGUCUGUUUUUAAGGGAAUCCUAACCGGUAUAAUCUCCUACCCUGAUGUAUUGUCAGCCCCUUCCGUCCGGGUUCGACACUGAGAGAGUGACUCGGGGUGGCGGGGAAUGAAACAGUGACGAGAGCCUUCUACUGCAAGGGACACGUCGGGUGACAGACACAGGAGCAGCUCUGAGCUGUUUUUAAUCGUCAGAUCUUUUAUUAAUAAGCUCAGCUAUGAAUAGUCUGUAGGAGCCAUAAAUCCUCCUUUAGCUGUCUUUGUCCAGAGUGAUGCUUUUCUCUGCUGGUAGAAUUGGCCUGACGGGGGCGCUGCAUUGUGUUUGAGCUGCUCUCCACAUACUACUGCACUCGCACAGUGCCGUUGGGUACAGUUACAGUGCCUUGAUCUGCCAGUGCUGUGGUUCUUAGGAUGUGGGUCCAAGAAGCCAGCCUCACUUUGGCUGUGAUCCCAUGCACUUCAGGUGUGGGGGUGUCCUCGCUUUGGCUGUGAUCCCAUGCACUUCAGGUGUGGGGGUGUCCUCGCUUUGGCUGUGAUCCCAUGCACCUUGGGUGUGGGGGUGUCGUGUUUAUUCGGGAUCUGUUAAGAUUUUUAAUCACUGCUGCAUAUUGUACCUUUGAUAAAGGCCCUUUGUACUGUGACUUAUGAUGGUAGGUAGUUGGUUCUCUUCUUGAGUAUGUUAUGUAUGAGUAUCAAGUGAUGCGAUAAAGUUGGAUGUUCACGCAGUGUUAAUGUUCCACAUGUGAAAUUAUUUGUAAUUCGUUAAUUAAAAUUCCAUAUUGUAAAUCUGA